UUCACUCUCGCGAGAUCUUUCGCAAAUCUAGGUUACCAUGUAGACAUGCCCGUAGUCACAUGCGUGUCAUGCGUUUGACUCCGCCCACAGGCUCAUCUCAUGUUAUGAAAGCAAAACGGUGGGUGUGGAAAGAGGAGUCCUACGGUUGCAAGCUGGAAAACUGAUCCACUACAGUUAUCAACAAUGCUUCGUGUCACCACUGCUUCCUUGUGCACCUACUGCCAGAGGAUGAGGCUCCUUCUCCCACCGUCUGCCUCUUCCUCCACAGUGACUUCUCCCAACAAAAGAUUGGAAAACCAGUACACAGUGGACUCCCUUUACGAACUGUCUGUGGACAUCAGAAAGGUACGCAAGGUAAAGGGCUGGGUUCUGUCUGAGAGCACUGCGUACGUGUCUGAAACUGCUGACCUGUUGAGGGACAUGGGUGCAGACGCAACAGUAAUCGCCAGCAUCCUGGAAACUCACCCUGAGGCCGUCCUGUGUCGGCCAGAGGACGUGGCUGCCCAGAGAGACCUCUGGGUGUCCGUGUGCCCCAACAAGCGAGAGUUGAUGAGCAUCAUUGAGAAGUUUCCCGCCUCCUUCUUCACAUUAACUCACCAUAGCAACCAGCAGGCCAACAUCCUUUACCUCCGGAGCCUGCGCCUCAACAAGCGGAUCAUCGGAAAGCUGAUGGCCAGCGCCCCGCAGAGCUUCAGUCGGCCUGUGGAGCGCAACCAGGAGGUUAUCCACACACUGAGGGAGACCUACCUGGACCUGGGUGGAGAUGAAGGCAACCUACGCAUCUGGCUGCAGAAGCUCCUCAGCCAGAACCCGUACAUCCUGCUGCGACCUGCGGAGGCCUGGAGGGACAGUCUGGGCUUCCUGAGGGAGCAGGGCUUCACCACGGAGGAGCUCCUCAGCCUGGUCUCCAGCCUCAGGGCCUCCAUUGCAGAGCUGCAGCCUGAAUCUAUGCACCAAGCGCUGGGCUAUAUUGAAGGGGCUCUCGCCUGCUCCAAAGACGAACUCAAACAAAUUGUGAUCCUUUGUCCAGCCGUUUUGUACUACUCCUUGCCCACCUUGAUCGGGCGCUUCCAGGGGCUGAUGGAUGCGGGAGUGAGCAUGGAGCAGGUGAAGGAAUCUCCAAAUGUCCUGGAGCUCACCACGCAGAUUGUGCUUUACCGGAUCCAGAAGUUGGCCUCCUACGGUUAUGACGUACGUGGUGGCAGCCUGGACGUUAUUGUGGGAACCAAGAAGGACUUUGAGAUGAGCUACGACAAGCUGCACCUCAGGACACGGCGACCGCUCUUCAACCCCGUAGCUCCCCUUAGAUCUGCUGAAGAGUGACUUUCAGACUGUUGAUAUGUUGCAGUAUUCUGUUAAAUGGACGGUUUGUGUGGGGAAAAAAAAGUUUAUGUGAUUGUUUGAUGCUGAUUUUGCAAAGAGGUUCGCAUCUUCACCUUUGUGCAAGGUGUAGAAGGAAAGGAGGCAAUCUGAAAUAUCAAACCUCCUGCAAUACUUGUUGUAUUGAUGACACCUUUACUAUAAAACCUUCAUCUGUGCCCUUUGAUUUAAUGCUUAGGGCACUUAAAACACUAUACUACAUAACACUGUGACUGCUUUAAAAUCUUAACUUAGAUUUGGAGAAUAACCAAGUAUUUUAUAGACAAAUAUGUCACAGAAUGUAUUGUCAUUGAUGCAGUAGUCUAUAUCAAUUACUUCCAAUGGUUGCCUGUCAUUUUGGUAUGUUACUACUGAGAUUUACUACUGUAGUUAAACUCAUUGUAGUAAUUGCAUGUCAGAUGAGAAAUAAAUGUGAAAGUUUGAA